UCGCGUAGACGUUUCGUGCCGGUCGGGUCGCGUCGCUUUUUUCGCAUCGGAAACAACGGUAAACUGGACAAAUUCGAAUCCUUUUUUUUUUUCAUCAUUGUUUUUGGUCCUUCGAGCCGGAUUUUUGAGAAAAAGUGCCCUACUGGUGAACUGUCGCGAAAACGUGUUUUUGUGUUUGUGUGACUUGUCUAACUGGAUUUUUUGCUAAAAAUAAAAAGAGAAUUUUGUGGUGGUGUUUUAAGGCUCUCGGCCUUUGGUGACCAGUGGAUUUUAUACGAUAAGGAUAAAUCAGAUUUUGAAUUUAAAUUGGAUAUCUCGUUUCUAACUGUGGAUGUUUUAUGAAAUGAAGUGACUACCAAGUGACAGGCCCAGUACGACUGGCUGGGCGAUCUUCAAAAUGGGAUUCGUGCUUCGCACGCUGCCGGUCUUGGCGAUCCUGAUCAAAUGGAGUCAAGCAGAACAAGUUGUUCUUCUGGAUACUACAGCAGAAGAAGCCAGUUUAGAUUGGACAAGGUACCCAUAUGGGCCCCAAUCCAGCACUCCAGGGUGGGUCGAAGAGUCUUUCACGAACUUCCAAAAAGGCAUUAACUGGAGAUCUUACGUAGUCUGUGAUGUAGCUUAUAAUAAUGCGAACAACUGGCUGUGGACGCCCUAUAUUGAUCGGGGUGAGGCCAACCGGAUAUACAUCGAAAUCAAGUUUACUAUUAGGGAUUGUAGCUUGUUCCCAGGAAACGCACUGUCAUGUAAAGAAACGUUCAGCCUGCUGUACUACGAAUUCGACGCAGCGACAAAGGAACCACCUCCUUGGGACGCCGAUAGAUAUAAAUUAAUAGGUCGAAUAGCAGCAGGAGAAGGUCGUUUUAACUCAAACAGCGAGGUCAACAUCAAUACCGAAGUGAAGAGCAUCCCUGUUACCAAAAAGGGAGUCUACUUUGCCUUCCGUGACCAAGGGGCCUGUAUUUCCUUACUUGCCAUCAAAAUUUACUAUAUCACCUGCCCAGAAGUGACGAUCAACUUUGCACGGUUCCCUGCUACUCCCACAGGAAAAGAAGUGACCAUCAUCGAACAGGCACAGGGGUCGUGUGUGAGCAAUGCCGAAGUGGUGGGCUCCCAACCCAUUUACCUCUGCAAAGGGGAUGGAAAGUGGACUUUGCCUAGUGGUGGCUGCAAGUGUAAAGCCGGAUUUCAACCGGAUAUGGAUAAGCAAACUUGCAACGUAUGCCAGCCAGGCACGUACAAAUCGGAAGUGGGCGACACCCCUUGCUUCCCUUGCCCGAAAUUCUCUCAAGGGCCAGACUAUGGAUUAUCCGAAUGUAGGUGCAUCACUGGAUACUAUCGAGCACCUGCAGAUCCUAAAAACUUAUCUUGCACACAACCCCCAUCAGCACCACAAAACCUCACGGUAAACUUCGUAGACCAAUCCAAUGUGAUUCUAAGCUGGCUCCCUCCAGAGAACCAAGGAGGCAGAUCAGACACAAUGUAUAGAAUCAGGUGUGACGCGUGCAGCCUCGGAUUGGUUCAGUACAACCCUCCAACCGACACAUUUAACGAAACUCGUAUUCACAUCAGCGGCCUAAAUGCUGUAACCACCUAUAGGUUCCAGAUAUUUGCGGAAAACGGCGUGUCUCACUUGACGAUGAAUAAUCCAGAGUACGCGGACGUGGUAGUGACUACGGAGGCAUCUGUGGCAAGCAGUAUUACUAAUAUUCGGGUGACUUCAGUAAAAAGUACGGAGAUUACUUUGGCUUGGGAUGCGCCGAUUACGGAUGGAGAUCUGGAAAGUGACCAAGUGGAGACUUAUGAAGUCAGGUGGUUCCCUCGUAACGAAGAAUACAGCAACUCCACCAGCUUCCUGACCACAACACUAAUAGCAACGAUAACGGGACUUCAACAACGAACCGAAUACGGACUACAGGUCAGGGCUAAGACACCAAGAGGCUGGGGAGCUUGGUCACCAGUUAUGUUUAAGACUACUGGGCAGGUUUUGAACACUGCUUAUGUUGGUGCUGAAGAAGGGUUCAGACUACAACUGGUCGCAGGCGGGAUCGUGGUUAUAGUUGUGGUGCUCGUGGCAGUAAUUGUGCUUACCGUGGUCUUCAUCAGAUCCAGAUCGAAUGAUGAGUGUAAUAAGAAGCAACCCAGUGAUUGUGACACUUUGGAGUAUAGAAAUGGUGAAGUUCACCACGCCAGUUUGGAAAACCCUCCUAUUGUCACGACCCAUACCAAUGUGACUACCCCAUUGUUUACUGGUAUAAGUGGCUCGUCUAGGACUUACAUUGAUCCCCAUACUUACGAGGAUCCCAAUCAGGCAGUGAGGGAGUUUGCAAGAGAAAUUGAUUCUAAAUGUAUUACUAUUGAGGCGAUUAUAGGGUGUUAUUUUCAAGGUGGCGGGGAGUUCGGGGACGUGUGCAAGGGUAAAUUGAAAAUGAACGGGGCGGAAAUCGACGUGGCCAUCAAAACGUUGAAGGCCGGCUCGUUGGAUAAGAGCAGAAACGACUUUUUAACCGAGGCAUCCAUCAUGGGCCAAUUCGAACAUCCCAACGUCAUCUUUUUACAGGGCGUAGUCACCAAGUCCAACCCCGUCAUGAUCAUCACCGAAUAUAUGGAGAAUGGAUCUUUGGACACCUUCUUGAGGGCAAACGAUGGUAAAUUCAAAGUGAUACAGCUAGUGGGUAUGCUCAGAGGCAUAGCGGCUGGUAUGCAAUACCUCAGCGAGAUGAAUUACGUCCAUCGCGAUCUGGCCGCCAGAAAUGUCUUAGUUAAUUCUGAAUUAGUGUGUAAGAUAGCCGACUUCGGCCUAAGUAGGGAAAUUGAAAGUGCAACAGAAGGAGCAUAUACCACCAGAGGUGGUAAGAUUCCGGUAAGGUGGACUGCUCCAGAAGCGAUAGCUUUCCGUAAAUUCACCUCGGCAAGUGACGUGUGGUCGAUGGGAAUCGUGUGCUGGGAGGUUAUGUCUUAUGGGGAGAGGCCCUAUUGGAACUGGUCGAACCAGGACGUGAUAAAAAGUAUAGAAAAAGGAUAUAGGCUUCCCGCGCCGAUGGACUGUCCAGAAGCCAUCUACCAACUGAUGUUGGACUGUUGGCAGAAGGAGCGGACCCACCGGCCAACAUUCCAGUCCAUUGUAAAAACUUUAGAUAAGUUAAUUCGGGUACCGGAUACUUUAAGAAAAAUUGCUCAGAAUCGCAUGAGAAAUUCUAUGCUUUACACAUUCUCCACUAACCCCUUGUCAGCGGACGCGCCCGACCUCACCCAGUUCACCUCCGUUGAAGAGUGGCUCAACUCCAUCAAGAUGACCAGGUACCUGGAAAACUUCCACGCGGGCGGCGUCAACUCCAUGGACGCAGUAGUCAAUCUCACCGUCAAAGAACUGACCGAACUGGGAAUCACCUUGGUGGGACACCAGAAGAAAAUCAUGAACAGUGUGCAGAACAUUCGCGCGCAGAUACGCGUUAAUGGAAACGAAGGAUUUUUAGUGUAAAACAUUUUGGACUCUAUUGCCGAUAUUUUAUGCCCAGGUAGCCUAAAAUCUCUCAUUUGUGUCAAAUUUUUAGCCCUACAGUGAGUAUAGUGUGUAAAAGUCGUAAGACCGUUAUGUUAUUUUGUUGACGUUGUUUAUGGCGAUUUUCACAUCGGUGAUUAAGUUUUGGACUGACAAAGAAUCCCUAUACGUAACAUUAUGAAAUUUUUGUUGUAAGUUGAAAAAUUCGAAGCACAGGAGUUAACCGAGUCACUUUUUGUUCUUUUGUGUAAAAUCGGUUUGCGUAAUCUGAGAUGAACUUUCGAUGCAACACGAUCGUAAGACCUCGUAAGUGUGAAACAACUGAGAAAAACUAUACAAGACAUUGAUGCAAAAGACUGUGCAAAUUUUCCCUGUGCUUCGAUUUUCUUAUUUGUGAGUUAUUAUACUGAUUAUCCAGAGACCUAUUUGCGGUGUUUACGCGGAUAGUUCUCUGGGUAAUUUGUCGUAAUAGCGAGAUUUUAAAUGUGAUUUAUAGUUUGUAUUUUUAAUGGUAUAAAUAUUAUGUGCUUUUUAUACUGAUUCGACCUGUCUAUAUACAUUUUACAUAAUAACCUUAUACAUGCUAAGAUAAUAUAUUAAUAAAUGUCCAAUUUAUUCAUUAUUUUUGUCCGAAUAACGAAUGAAUUUGAUUGAAGAAGAUUCUUAUAUCUAAAUAAACAAAUUUUUUUGUUCGAUUUCCCAAUAUGUUGACCCGUUUUCACUUCACAAAAGUAAACUUAAGGCGAAACACCAAAAGUAAGUAGAUUGUAAUAUUGAAAAAAAAAUGAAGUAAAGCAUUAUUUUUUCACAUAUCAAGUUAACGAUAAGAUGUUUAUAGCUGAAUUUUAUUAAGGGAUAUUCGGUUUCAUUUUUACUGCGAAUCUGUGUACUUAAAAGUCAUACGUCUAUGUCUAGGUGAGGAAAACUGGUGUGAAAUUUGAAAAUUGAGUUGGUUAAACUCAUUCAAUUUAACGUUCGUUCAAUUCGGAUUUUUUUGGUAAAAUUAUGCUCACAUUUCUUCUGUUAUUUUUAUUGUGGUAUCAUUAUAGUGUUUAAAAUAGAAUGUUUCAUCUUUAAGGAACAUCAUCAAUUUUUCGUAUUUUUUAAUAAAAUUAUAAAAUUCCUAUCAUUUAAAAUCACAUUUGUUAUGUGCCAAAAUAUAUUCAUAUAAUUUUUCUAUUGCUAAUUGUUUUAUAUUUUCAAUGGAGAAAACUCGGAAAACUUUAUCUUGAAAAAUUACUUUAAUUUCUUCAAUUUUUUGUAGUUAUGAUCAGUGAUCGUUAUAUAAAUAAAACAGAUAAGUAUAAAUGAAAAAAACAAUAACUGACCAUCUUUGAAUUUAUCCCAGUUUUCCUGCCUUCCUCUAACAAAUCUAUGGCUCUAAUCAAAACCUAAAAAUGAUAUUAUAUAAAUACUGUAUAUAAACAUAAAAAUAAAUUCAAUAUUUAAAACUUAAACAAAGAAAUCAUGAAUCGAAUAGAAAAUGUCCAUGUCCGUUAUAUAACUUAAAAAUCCACCCUAAUGCCAGAGUAAAUAAUAAUAAUAUUCUUUGAUAAAAAAUAAACUAUAUUUCCUUGAUGUGUAAACGUUUCAUUCUAAACGUGACUUAGAUAGUUAAAUUUAUAUGUAAAACUGUCCGUAGUUUAUAUAAAAAGACUGUUGUCUAUAAUAUAUGUGUAAUAAUUCUAAAGUUAAGCAUUUAACCAAAAAAAAAAAUGAUGAUCGAUAGCAAUAAUCGGUGUUUUAUUUAUGAAAUUAUAUUUGUUUUGUUUUUAAUUGUAAAAAUUGUUUCUUGCUUAGUACUUAAUUUCUUACAUUGUAUACGGCCGAGGAAAUUAGAACAAUGACUGAGACGACCUACUUAUAGAAACACACUAUAUUUUGUAUCUAUAUGCAUUCCAUUUUUCUGUAUAUUUCUUAUAUAUAAGGUUUUUUUUUGAACGCUCUGUAUAUCUAGGAUUAUUUAUUUUAUGGCCUUUAAUGCAGCUUGUGAUUUAUUUCUUUAAUCUAAAAGCCUAAGAAGUAUAACGUGAACUUUAGAGUUAAAUUGAUAUGGUGUAUAUUAAUCGAAUAUAAUUUAUUUCACGUUAAGACUCUUAUACUGUUUUUAAUAUAUCUUUCUAUAGUAAUUUUUAAGUCAGUGUAAAAUUGUAAUAUACAUUUGUAAAAUAUAAAUUUAUUCAAUAUAAAAUUAUUAGCUUAA